AAACCUUGCAGAAAUGGUUCAGUGUUUGAGUCGAGACUGAGAAGGAAAAGUAUCUCUUCAGCUGAAGGCGAAGGUCACUUCUCUUCCCCCAAGCGACGGUAUUAACAUUAUCAAGUGCAUCUAUCAGCUUGAGCUGUUGCUCUGCGUUGAGAAACGCCACCAACGAAUUUCUUUCUGCUUUGACAGAAAUUCCUCACGAUGGACGGAACAAGGAGACAUCCGCUUUUGUGGAUUCUGAUGACAGGAGUCGUCGUCAUGAAAGCUGCCUCCACCCAAGCAUGGGGAAGCUACGCGUGUGACUUCAAGGAAGAUGAUUUUCGAAAAAUCAAAGAUAUUUGGGCAGAGGUAAGUUCAGAAGCGAGAGCUCCUUUUGGUGCGAUUGAAGAGAAGCUGGACAGAGUUUUAGAAUUUGUGGAAGAAAUAAAGACAGCUGAGGAUUCUUGGCUGCACCUUUCCAAGAAGGCAGGCACAGUCGAGAGGGAUUUAUCGGAGCACGAAGAGACGAAACCAGAAGACGCCAAGGAAAUGGGAGAUGAAGAGGAAAGAAGGGAUCGGUCUUCUGAUGUCGAAAGCGACCGCUCAGGUGACCGAACAGAUGGUUACCGUUGGCAGGACAGGAGAGAUCGCGCUAACCGCCAUGACCGGAGGAACCGAAGAGAAAGAACGAGCGAUGAUCAUAUUUCUGAGAUAGUAGCCGAUAAAGAUUCCGUCAGCGACGGUCAGGAUAACUCUACGACAACGGCGCUUGUAGAAAAGACAGAUGGUGACGAUUCGAGCAUGGAUACCCGCAGGAGACCACAGAAGACGGAUGAGAAAGGUCCUACAAAAGGAGAGUGCACUGCUAUCGUCGUGGACGACCACGAAACCAUCGGCAUGUUUUAUAUGAUGUCAUAUCAGCACGGCCAUUGCACAAACAGAAAUCCUAUCAGCGAGCCUAUCAGAUUCUGCUUGGGGUACUGCGCGACCAAGACUUUCAUCGAACGAGAGUCUGGGUUGUGGAGUCAAGGGAAUGACUGCAAGAGUUGCCAGCCGUUGAACUACGAGACAAUCCGGAUUCCCCUGACUUGUGACGACGGCUUCAUCUUCGAGAAAAAAUUCAGCAAUGUUGUCGACUGCAAAUGUCGAGGUUGCACACCUGUUAAGGAGAACUAGACACAGGAGAACGUCCGAUAGUGUCAAGUGAAGGUAUAAGGAAAUAUUCGGCUCUUCGGUGUGACUUCAGGACAUUGUACAAGUGUCGAAAAGUUAAAUGAGGAUUUGUGGAGGCUAAAGAACUAAAUACAUGUUAUGUUCCUUAA